AUGAGUAACCUGUCUGGAGAAUUGUUAAAUAACCAUCUGCUUAAACUGGAAUGCCAUUUCACCUGGACUUAUUUCAAAGACGAGACUGAUAUUGACAAUAUAGAAGACAGGCUUCAUGAUCAAGUCGCAUUUUUACCUUCUGCACACAGACAUAGGCUUCAUCAUUUAUUGGCCUAUAUAAGUUAUUUAAAAGGAGACAAUGAAGAAGCAAUUAGACAGCUUCAGGAAGCCGAAGAGAAACUGCAAGGAACACAGUCUGCUGAUCUGGAUAUCAAAAGAACUGUGACCUACAGUAAUUAUGCCUGGCUGUACUACCAUUCAAACCAGUUUAGCAAAGCUCAGUCUUACUUAGAAAAAGUGGAAGCCGUUUACAAGAAAUUUGAAUCUUCUCCAGAACAUGAUAUUCUUCUUACUGAGAUAUAUGGAGAACAGGCCUGGGCUCUGUUAACAUUCUAUGGGAAGAACUGUGAAAGAGCUAAAGAGUGUUUUGAGAAAGCGCUAGAGCUAGAUCCAGACAAUCCUGAGCUCAAUUCAGGAUAUGCCAUAGUCAUGUAUCGCUUAGAACGUCAACAUGACAGAUUUUAUGCGACCGGUAAACAUAAAGCUAUAGAGUUGCUCAGACGUGCUGUGACAUUAAAUGAAAAUGAUUCAGUGAUUAAAGCUCUUCUUGCUUUGGAAUAUCUAUAUGCAGGUCAAGCUGAAGAGGGAGAAACGAUUAUGGAGGAGGCUCUUAGACAAACUCCAGACUCACCAUAUUUACUUCGAUAUGCUGCCAAAUUUUACAGAAGAGAAGGAAAGAUUGAUUACGCUAUUACCAUUCUCAAGAAAGCCCUAGAACAAACUCCGACUUCAUGUUCUCUUCAUCACCAGAUUGGCCUUUGUUACAAACAGAAGGUGAAAAGGUUAAAAUCUACCAGGUCGUGGAAUCAGCCUACCAAUACCUAUACAAGGGACAGAAGCGAAGCAAUUUCUUCUGCUGUCUUUCAUUUUGAAAAAGUUAUUGAAUUUAAAAAGAUAUUUGUCGAUGCAUAUAUCAAUUUAGCUUAUAUGUACAUCGAAGGAAAGCAGUUUGAGAAAGCAGAAGAAACAUUUCAAAAAGCACUAAAUUUGGAAAUUCUAAAAUGCGAAGACAAACAAGAGAUUCACUUCAGUUAUGCAGUUUUUAAGCAAGAACACAUUAGAUCUGAAUCUGAAGCCAUAAGGCAUUACAAGGAAGUAUUACUGAUACCAAAUAAAACAAAGAUGAGAUCAUAUUCCAAAAAUGAUUUGGAACAGUUGGCUAAACGGAGAAUAACCAAAGAACCAAGUGAUGCAACCGGAUUUGGACUGUUAGGGUUCAUUUAUCAGCAGGAUGGAGAAGUCAAACAAGCAACUGAUUAUUAUAAGAAAGCACUGGAACUCGAUCCAGAUAAUGAGGAUUUUUUGAGUGCAUUGCAUGGCAUGAGACUCACUGAUUUACAACUGAAAUAAAAAAAAACAUCUAUUUGCUUCUCCCAGAUGGUAUUCAAAAGUUAAAUGGACUAUAAAUAAUCAAUUUUAUUUAGUAAUUAAGUUUUUCAGCUGCUUAUUGCUUUUUUGUUAUCUUUUUUUCCACCAAUGGCAAAAUGUCUUGUUGAACUUGCACAUGUCGCCGGCACAGCCCUCUGCAUGGAACUAUGGAUGGAAAAAUAACAUUGCAAGAAAAGAAAAUCUGUCUAGUACUUGACUGAUCAACACAAAUACAAAAGCAAUAGGCUACAAACUCUUAGGGGCUGAUUCAUUAAGGGUCGAAUAUCGAGGGUUAAUUAACCCUCGAUAUUCGACUAGGAA